UGCUCCCUGCUGACUGGGGUGUGGGCGGGGAGCGGCGGAGGGAGGAGGCAGAGCUGGCCGCCGCAGUUUGCCGCCGCUGCUGGGCGCCUAGGCAGAGCUCCCCGGGGUUCGUGCGGGCGCCAUGGACGAGCAGGCGGGGCCCGGCGUCUUCUUCAGCAACAACCACCCAGGUGCUGGCGGUGCUAAGGGACUCGGGCCUCUGGCGGAGGCUGCAGCGGCCGGAGACGGGGCGGCUGCGGCGGGGGCGGCCCGAGCUCAGUACAGCCUCCCCGGGAUCUUGCACUUCCUGCAGCACGAAUGGGCCCGCUUCGAGGUGGAGAGAGCCCAGUGGGAGGUGGAGCGGGCGGAGCUGCAGGCCCAGAUUGCCUUCCUUCAGGGGGAGAGGAAAGGUCAAGAAAAUCUGAAGAAAGAUCUAGUGAGGAGGAUCAAAAUGUUGGAAUAUGCCCUGAAGCAGGAAAGAGCCAAAUACCACAAGUUGAAAUACGGGACAGAACUGAAUCAGGGGGACAUGAAGCCUCCAAGCUAUGAUUCUGAUGAAGGCAAUGAAACAGAGGCGCAGCCGCAGCCCAACAGUCAGUUGAUGUGGAAACAAGGCCGCCAGCUCCUCAGACAGUAUCUCCAGGAGGUUGGCUACACAGAUACUAUUCUAGAUGUGAAAUCCAAAAGAGUGCGAGCAUUGUUGGGCUUUUCAAGUGAUGUCACUGACAGGGAAGAUGACAAAAACCAGGACUUGGCUAUAAAUGGCACAGAGGCUGAAGUUAAGGAGACAGCAAUGAUUGGAAAAUCCGAGUUAACGGAUUCUGCUUCUGUGCUGGACAACUUCAAAUUCCUUGAAAAUGCAGCUGCAGAUUUCAGUGAUGAAGAUGAGGACGAAGACAUUGAUGGAAGAGAGAAAAGUGUCAUUGAUACUUCAACAAUUGUUCGGAAGAAAGCAUUGCCUGACACCAGUGAAGAUGGAGACACUAAGGAAGCUCUGAAGGAGUUCGACUUCCUUGCCACAGCAGAGGACGGAGACAGCGAAUCUAGAAGUGCAGGCGAUGGAACAGACUGGGAAAAGGAAGAUCAGUGUCUCGUGCCUGAAGCCUGGAAUGUGGACCAGGGAGUAAUUACCAAACUGAAGGAACAGUACAAAAAGGAGAGAAAGGGGAAGAAAGGGGUGAAGAGAAAAACUACCGAAGAUCUGUUUCAGCCUCUAUCCUAUAUAAAACAGUCAAAACAGGGAUGUGGGAGAAUGAAGAAUCAAAGCCCAGGGCCCAAUAGGUCAAAACUACAAGAUAUGCUUGCUAAUUUGAGAGAUGUUGAUGAACUUCCCUCAUUGCAGCCAUCUGUUGGCUCCCCUUCCAGACCCAGCAGCUCCAGGCUUCCUGAGCAGGAGAUCAGCAGGGCCGAUGAAGUGGAAGCACUGACAUUUCCGCCUUCUUCUGGGAAGUCAUUUAUCAUGGGAGCAGAUGAAGCCCUUGAAAGUGAACUGGGGCUUGGAGAAUUGGCAGGCCUUACAGUGGCCAAUGAAGCAGACUCAUUAGCUUAUGAUAUAGCAAAUAAUAAAGAUGCCUUGAGGAAGACUUGGAACCCUAAGUUUACAUUAAGAAGUCACUUUGAUGGCAUCCGAGCCCUUGCUUUCCACCCCACCGAGCCUGUUUUAAUAACAGCGUCAGAAGACCAUACACUGAAAAUGUGGAAUCUGCAGAAAACAGCCCCAGCCAAAAAGAGCACUUCUCUCGAUGUGGAGCCUAUCUAUACGUUUAGGGCUCACAAAGGUCCGGUACUGUGUGUGGUGAUGAGUAGCAAUGGUGAGCAGUGUUACAGUGGGGGUACGGAUGGUCUGAUUCAGGGCUGGAACACCACCAACCCCAACAUCGAUCCCUACGACUCUUAUGAUCCUUCUGUUCUGAGAGGCCCUCUGCUGGGCCACACAGAUGCCGUGUGGGGGCUGGCCUACAGUGCGGCACACCAGCGCCUGUUGUCCUGUUCAGCAGAUGGCACUCUUCGUUUAUGGAACACAACCGAGGCUGCUCCAGCACUGAGUGUGUUUAAUGAUAACCAAGAACUGGGAAUCCCUGCUUCUGUGGAUCUAGUGAGCAGUGACCCGAGCCAUAUGGUGGCAUCAUUCAGCAAAGGAUAUACAAGCAUCUUUAACAUGGAAACACAGCAGCGAAUUCUCACUUUAGAAUCCAAUAUAGAUUCAACAGCCAAUUCUUCCUGCCAAAUAAACAGAGUCAUCAGCCAUCCCACUCUCCCGAUCAGCAUCACUGCUCACGAAGACAGGCACAUCAAGUUCUAUGAUAACAAUACAGGCAAACUGAUCCACUCGAUGGUAGCCCACCUAGAAGCGGUUACAAGUUUGGCAGUUGAUCCAAAUGGCCUGUACUUGAUGUCUGGCAGUCAUGACUGUUCAAUACGCUUAUGGAAUUUAGAAAGUAAGACAUGUAUCCAAGAGUUCACAGCUCAUCGGAAAAAAUUUGAAGAAUCGAUCCAUGAUGUAGCAUUCCAUCCUUCCAAAUGCUAUAUAGCCAGUGCUGGAGCCGAUGCCCUGGCUAAGGUCUUCGUAUGAUGUGACUCAUCAGCUUCACCUUCUAGCUCUUUAUUAGUCAACUGCACAACAGAGAUACAGAAGACCAGGGCAAGCACCAAACGCAUCCUGCCCUUUUGUUCUGCUGAAGGAGCACAGAGAACAUUUGUUAAAGUAUAGUUUUGCAAUUUGUGAACUGUUUUCUAAAAUUAAGGUUUGUUCAGGUUGCUGCAAGCUCAGCUGAAUCUGUGAGCCUGAAAACUUUCAAACUCCCCCCAAAGAGGCACUUUCAUUUCUGGGUUGUUCUCGUUUGCUAGGCAGGCCUGAGCGAAACGGGUUUAGCAUCUCCCUUCCUGAGUGAACAGGGCCUGCUCUGCUGGGUAGUUAACAGUUCUUUGGCUGAGAACGCAGAGCAGGAGCUUAGAUAGACUCUACCCCAGACACCUGCUACACAGGCUAAGUAGUCACACUGUGCUGUAUCUGCUCUACUAACCCCAUUGUGUAAUGACCAGACAGUGUUCAAGUGAGUUUCUAACAUAGUUCUCCUUUCAGCUGUUCUCAUAAAGCACGUGACAAAACAUUUCACCUAGUAGGAGGAAAAGAUGCAAUAAUAUGUUAAGAAUAUUAUUCAGAAAUGCUAAACAGAUACUUGGUUUGAAAGUAGAUGUGGUACCAUUCUAAAGUCUAGCUGUCAAGCACCCAUUACGAACAGCAGUUAAUAGGGUCGGCGUUUACUAAAGUGUUUAACUUACCCAGGUUUGAGAUCCUGUUUAUUUUUAAGGGCAAACAGGGACUAUCUCUAUGAUAAUUUGUUUUAAAAGUUCACCUCAUUUGUGUGGUAUUUAUAGCACUAGAGUGAUUAUUUCAUGUUGACUGAAAAAGGAGGAAGCUAUUGAUUAGCACCCAUUUCUUGACAUCCAUGUAACUGGUUCAGAUAAUGCUCACUGUUUCCCUGCCUUUCACACUCAUGUUUUCUGACCGCUGCCAUGAGCAGUUUAUAGUUAUUAUGUUGCCUCGUCCAGAGCGCAUGGUUCUCAGGCAGCUGCUUUUGCAGCUCUAAUAGAACAGAGCACCUGAGUCCACCACCAGCGUCUCUGAGAACUUCAUGGAGGCCUAGAUGGAAGACGUUAUUGAUGCCUGUGAUGUCUGUGAGAGUCCUCCUCCUACCUUCACCUAUUCUUUAAUUGGAGCACACCUAUUAAUGAACAGUGAUUCAGUGCUCUAUCUAAUAAAGCCAUGUCUUCAAAUGGCAGAUUUCACAUUUAUGUGACCCAUAUGUAGUCAGCUUUUGGGAGACGCAGAAUCCUACUGACCUGCCUAGUGCCCUUCCGUGCAGACCUCCUUCCUGUAACUGUCGGGCACCCUUCAUGCCCUUCACAUUCCUCUGUGAAGUGACAGAGACCAAUAUAAAUAUUUAGAGUAAAUUAAUGUCCACCUUUUCACCAAAAUCUAUACAUCAUAGGCUCUAGGUCUUAAAAAUAUUAUACCUAUAAAUGUUCUAACCCGUUAUAAUGAUUCCAUUGCCAUAGCUGUGGCAUUUCUAGUGACCUAUUCUUUGAAGUAGCGUUCUCGUGGUGAUAUGGGUAAUGAUUGACUUAAAGUUUUUCUGCUCUAAAGGCAGAUGCCUUUAGAAUACUCUAGUGUGCAAGCAAGUUUUCAUUAACAUUAUAAGACCCAUGCUAAAUUUCCCUGGUUGUUCUCUAGACAUGCUAUAGUAUUUAACACAACUACAUUUUAUGUUUGUGCUUUGGUUAACAAACCUAAGAUAAAUUAAUAUACACGAGUGAACUGAAUUAAAUGCUUAUGUUUUAUCCAGAUACAAAAUUUUACACUGUGAUGGGUAAAUCUCUCCAUCCUUCACAAAAGGGUGUUCUAACCCGACAUUUGUAGACUGUUAGAAGGUUCCAGUUAAAAGCAGUGUAUUUAUGACCACAGUUACUUGUUUUCAUUGCUUCCCAAAGUCUGCAGUGUGUGUCUUACUCUUGUCACCAACAUUCUGGAAUCCAGGAGAGGCUGCCCUGGUCAUUCUGUGCCUCGUGAUUGGGUGGGAAACAAUCCUAAGAUAGACGAAGUGUAAUGCAAAUGCUAGGACUGCUGAAGGGUUUUAGGAAGUGUGCGUUGUGCAUUGAAAACUGUACAUAGAGAGAGUCUUCUAAACUAGCCCUGUUUGCUCUCAGCCUGGACAUGAGCCAAAGCUGUCUUCCAGCCGAUGGUAGCAUGGACAUUUGUCUGACUUUCCCCGUCCUAAUGAACAUUCACAAAAUGAAAAUUUCAAGAUUCAGAAUCACCGAAAUGCUUUCAUAAAUAUUUGCCGGAUUGUAAAUAUUCUGAGUCAGCUGUUUGGGGAUAGUAUGAAAAUCAGCAGGUGGGUUAGGCUCCUGCCUUAUUUUCAUGUGCUGUGGAUACGUCUCUGGGAGCUUCUAGGACCCUUCUCAAAACGCAGCUGCCACAUGGAGCUCAUUUGCUACUCAAACUAUAGACAAAUAAGUGAUAUAAUGACCUUCAGUAUUUUUCUAUUGAACAAAUUUAUCAAUUUUUGCCAUUAAACAGAUAAUUAGUUAUGCAAAGUAUUUAGCUUUUGUAAUCAUUUAGUUGUAACUAAAAGGGGAAAAUUGAGCUGUAUCACUGAUAAUGAACUUUGUGAGAAAUUAUUUGUUUAUCUAACUUCCAUUCCUUCAGUAUUCUUGCUAUAAAUUUCUUUUGGAGAUAAUGAUUCUUUAUUUGAAAGAUGUCUAAAAAUGUAUGUAUAUUUUAUAAAUAUAUAUUAUAUAUAUUAUAUGGAUAUAUAUAAUAUAUAGACUAUAUAUAUAUAUAUAUCUAAACCAUGGGUGCAUUUUACUGUUUGUGUUCUCCCGUUUGGAGGUCGUAUACUCAGAGGCUGAUGAGUAUGGCGAGUGUUGUGCUGUUUGCUUUCACAGUAUAAUAUAGAGCUCUAAGUGUUUAAAUUACUGUAUAUACUAUACUCACUAUAGGCUAGCAUGCUUGUUUUAAAGACUGUCAUUCUAGUUUAUUAAAAUCUGAAUGUAAGAAAACCUGGCUAUUCAAAUGUGAAUUGAAAAAAAUUCCAUUCUCAGUACUGAGCUGUUUCCAUUGAACAUUCAAGCUUUUCGACAAAAUGUGUCAUUGAGAAGGCAAUAGCUAGAAAGGAGAGGUGCCUUUAAAACCUUCAAAUGCAGCCUUACAGCGAGGGUGAAGACUGAAUCUGUGUUGGGGUGGGAGGGGGAAGAGAGAGCGUGUGUGUGCGCGUGUGUGCGCCAGUGUGCCAGUCUGUGAAGAUCCUGAUUUUGUGACAGUCAGUGUCUUUUAAUGUAACUGCUCAACUUCUAGGACUUCAAGGGACAUUUCAUGCAUAACCAUUGUGCUCUUUGGAGCACCUUAAAUGCUUUCCAAGCGUUUUGAAUGUGAAUUCCUAGAAAAUUCAGUAAAGAACAAAUAGCUGUUUUUGAAUUAAAAUCAACUUCCGAUAACAAAUUAUUGGUUCCCCAGAUUUACGGGAUUCUCACUGAUGUAAUUUUUUUUAAAGCUUGCUUCUUUUAGUACUUCGUACAUUUCCCCCUGUUCUCAAGAGUAUGCCAUGAAAUUCUUAUAUGAUGAGGAUCAGACUAGUAAAAAUCGUUUUUAGAUGAAACACUUGAACUAAUUACAAUCCCACCUAAGAAUAGUCUUGAAGAGCUUCAGUGGUCUCUCUCAUAUCUACCUCAUUGUCAUUGCUGCCGUUCUGAGUCGAACAAUGGCUGAUGCGGUUGGAACGUCUGUGCUGGUGCUGCUCCUGCUCUCGGGCUUGGUCCUCUCGGUGUGCUGUCACAGCGCAGGUGAAGCAUCCAGGAUUCCUGCUAGGAUUUUGCUUCUUCGUUUUGUUCUCCUCAAGGACGACUUAAAACACCACCAGUGUGCUUAGUAAGCGGAGAGAGUUAGUCAGACCUGGUUGUUCUGUGUAAUAUUUUAAACCAGGAAUCAAAUUGUUUUGAAUUUUCCUGAAACUCCAGGCACAGUAGCACACUGAGAGGUGGAGGCAAGAGGAUCUCAAGUUCAAGAUUAUCCUCAGUUAUAUAGGGAGUUCAAGGCCAGCCUGGGCUACAUGAACCCUUGUCUCAAAACAACAAAAAGUUUACCUGGAAAAAAAGUAUGAUUUUAUUUGGCUUACUUUAUUCUUUGAAAGUUAUUACCACACUCUUAGGUAUAUAAUUACUCACUUUACUGGCUUAGAAGUUGCCUCCAUGAUGGUGUUACCUGUUGGUUUAUAUUACAGUGCUCAGAGUGUUUGACACUGGGAUUCUGGUCAUACAAAAGUAAUAUCUGAUGAAGUUCAUUGUAUGCGUGUGUGCGUGUGUGUAUGUGUGUGUGUAAUGCAUCAUUUCCUAAAGUCAGAAAAUGAAUAUUUCUGUUUAGCAGGUAAAUGAUUUGAAUCAGUUUUGCCUUUGCCACUGGAAGCUUUGUAAUUGUCCUUAUCAAGCAUGUGUCUAGGUCUCCGUGUCAGUGGGAAGGACUCCACAUUGAACAAGUAUUUAACAGAACCUUUACAUCAGUUUUGUUGUUAGGUGUUUAAUUUCGAAAAGUUUUAUGUUAGACCAAAAGAGAUCUUUAGAUCCCAUUAUGUAUUCUAACAAUGUCUCUGAAGUGGUGCUGAGGAGUUUUUCUGGAUCUUGACUAGUCAAGCUUUAGCUUUCACUUAACUGGGACCACAUGUUCAUCACCCCUCUGGUGCAAAUUAGAAAGUUCAUGUUAAUUUAAAUUAACUUUAAUGUCUGCCUGGGUUGUUUCCAGGCUGUGAACCAGUGAGUGCCUUGUUAAUGUAGAAUGAUUUUCCCUGUUGCACGUUAGCUCUUUCUGAAAGGGUCUCAGAGACUGGGUUUGGAGUGACUUGUGGAGUGCUGCUGAGUUGGCAACACAGUAUUAGGAAGUCUUUGGUCUGCCAUGUCCCACUCUUCCUGCUUCCUCUUCAUUGGCUGAUGUCGGCCUCUUGUGAGAAAACUAAUAUAGCCCCCUCCACACUUUUUUUUUUUUCCCAUUCCAGAUUAAGGAGUAACCCUAUCCCGCCCCAACUAUAUGAUCCAAUGCCUGUUUUUAGGAAGAACCACUUCUUUGUAAUACUAAAAAUCUACCACUUCCUUUAUGUCUUCUCAGUAUCGGUUUACUGGAGUGAACCUCAGGGUGUCAUCAGUUCAGAACCCUAAAUAACCCUUUAUCUCCAUACCCCAAACCCCCAACUGGUGAUCCCUGGGCCAGAUUGUUUGAUAUUCAGGUGUCUUAAAUUUUAGUUUAUAAUAUCAAUUAAUGUAAAUCCAAAUGCUAAUUUUUGUGGUGCAAGAAGUUCCUUUUGUAAAUUCAGGGUAUGGAUAAGCUAAUAAUGAUAUCCAGUUUUGGUGGCUCUAAGUGUAUUAUUUGUUUUUAAAUAAAGUGUACAAAAUAGUUAA